AUGGUGAAAGUUGGAAGCGGUUGGAUUGGAAAGGCUCGGGCAUUCCUCGAAAGUCAUCGUGGCGUGCCGAUCGAUGAUAUUAUCGAGCGGAAACGGCAACUCCUAAAUGAAUUUCUUCCGAAGCCGAUUGUACGCCCUCUUUGGGCACUAAUCGUUUUCACAGUAUUUCAUUUGAAACUACUUCACGCAAUCACACAACCACUUCAUUGCAUUUUUACAAAAGGUAUCAAGUCAAAUGUUCUGAAAAAUGGUAAUCUGCAAAUUCCAAGGUUCUCAUUUCAUAAAAUAGGAACUGAGGUUGCCGUUAUGUUGCUAACACUUUCGGCAUUCUGGCAUUACUUCACGAUUCCAAAUCCGCUUGGAUUACUACGAUGGGGUGUUACGGUACGACCUCAAGUAAACGUGAAGCCAAGAAUGUCGGUCUUAAGAAAGAGUCAUUCCCAGCGGCAACUUAUCAAGACCAGUUCAUCGUUUUCCACUCAUAAGGCAGCCAUUCGACGAUCUCUAUCAGAUUCACAAUUGUUCACUAUUGACACAAAUGUCGAAAUCGGCAUUGAUAGCCGUUUAACGAAUUCUUUGGUGGAUCCCAUUUUGAAUACCAUUGACACGGUUUCUGAAUCUGUUUCAUUAGCCAGUGAAUUGGCAUCGAGUGUGAUCAGUGGUUUUUAUACGAGGAGUUCGAAUGCCUCAGACAUAACUCAUCUAUCAUUGGCAAACUGCUCUAAUGCUGGCUCGUUGGCUGGCUCAUAUGCUGGCUCGAUUGCCAGUUCGUAUGCUGGAUCGGAUCUAGAUGAUGGGUGGGAGUCUGACGAUUCUUGGGAAGUGGCUCAGACUGAUAAAGGAGAUUCAGACGAGUCACUGCAUACGGCGAAAUCAGUGGAUCAGUUAAGUGAUCGCGGAUCAAUUUGCGAUGAGAAUAAAGAUAUAGGAAAGAAUUUACCUGUAAUUAAUCCACCCAAUCAAACGGAACAAAAGCAGCAAUAUCAAGGGCAACUGAACGAACCCAAAGAAAAGUCAGUUACUUAUGAAGAACACGAAAUUUUGCCUGCAAUGCGAUGGUUCUCAUGGAAACUACCUGUACUAUGGCGUUACUGGAACAACGUUGAUGCAGAGCCAGCUGGAUCAACGGAUAGCGAAAGUAGUUUAAGAUUUUGGACUAAUCAUAAAAUGAAUAUAAUUCGAUCUGUUGAAUAUCAGUGUUGA